AAUAUUGUGUGCUGCUAACACAGGAUGGAGUGUUAGGAAGGGACUUGCAUCAACAUUCAGACAAGUACACAGGGAAAACUUCUCAAGAAACCAGCGCCAACAUGAGUCCUGUUCUUCUACUAUUCCUUGUCCUACAACUUGAGUGGUUUGCUGAAGGCACUUCAACUACAAGGCCCGAGAUCCCGUGUCAGAUUGUGGGCUCUACGGUGAACUGCCAGGGACUACAGCUUGCUUCGGUGCCCCAUCCACUGCCAAACACCACUGUUUCACUUCGACUGUGCCACAACCAACUCCAGGAGUUAAGGAACAACUCUUUCCAAGGUUUGAGUAGCCUUGUCGACCUACAGGUAUGCUACAAUCAAGUGGAAUUCGUUGAAGAAGACACCUUUGCGGGUCUUGGCUGCUUGCAAACAUUAGACUUGUCGAGCAACAACAUUAUUACCUUGAGAAAAGAGGUUUUCUUUCCUCUGAAAUCACUGCAAAGGCUGGACUUAUCUUGGAAUGGACUGCUGGAAAUUCCCAAGGGAAUAUUGGCGCUGGCAAGUCUACAGUAUGUUCGUCUGAGUCGCAAUAACAUUUCCUCUAUCAAUCUGGACAUUUUCAGAGAACUGCACCACAUACAGGAAAUCAUUCUAGAUAACAACCCCGUAUUGUACAUCACUGAGGGAGAUCUCAGAAUUGUGAAACAGCUCAAAAUAAAGCAUCUCUCCAUAACCGGGACUGUACCAACACUGGCACAGAUACAAGAUGGAGCACUGUCCAGGCUUAAGAGCAUAAAGAAACUGGAUUUAUCAGGAAUCAAAAUAGGAACAAGGCAAGACUUCCGACGACAUCUUAGUGAGCUCAAAAAUGGCACUGUUACUUCUCUCUGUCUGGUCCACGUCAGUUUAGGAACACCCGAGAAAGAAACUCUAGAUUGCCUUCCAAAAAGUUUGGAGACGUUGAAUCUCGAAGACAACGAAAUAAGGAUAUUAAAGAAUGACAUCUUUGUGGGGCUCCCAAAUUUAAAGGAGCUCGCAUUUGGCCUGAACCCAAUAUCUACAAUAGAGAAUAAAGCAUUCGACGGUCUGGAAAAACUGGAAGUUCUGGAUUUGAUUCUGAAUGAUCUCACUUUUCUGAAUCAGGAAGUCUUCCUUCCAAUAUCACUCACGUUACAAAAGCUGGACCUGGGGGGAAAUGAUCUUAGAGUACAGCCAGGGAACUUUCAAGACUUGCAGAAGUUGGAGAGCCUGAACCUAGAAAACAACGGAAUCACUAUUCUUAAGCCUUCUCACUUCCAAGGACUGAGGAACCUCAAGGAACUGAACAUAGACGACAAUGCAGCACUCUUUCCUAGAAGUUAUUCAGGUACUUUUCAACACAUGCCUCGGCUGAACAAGUUAUAUUCCAGAUGGAAUAUUGCAGGUGAUAGUGUUGAAAACACCCUGAAGACAAUUCCAGCAUCCUUGCAUGUCAUUGAUUUUACUGGGUGUCGUUUUCAUCUACAUGUAGAUAGCAAGUUGGAUUUUGUACCACAGAAAUCACUGCAACGUCUUAUCAUCAGGAAGGUUGACAUAGUGGGUUCACUGAGUCCCAUAACAUAUCCGUUUCUAUCUUGGACUUUUCACAACCUAACUGAACUAGAGUGGCUGGACAUGGCAUUGAACCACUUCUCUGUCGUGCCCAUGGAAGCCUUGUGGCAUCUAAGAAAGUUGACCCAUCUUGAUCUCCAUGGCAACAGCCUGGGUAGCCUUCAUGUCAAGACUUUCAGAGAUCUUGAGAGCCUAGAGUUCCUUGACCUUUCAAGUAACAAAAUUUACAGCAUAAACCCACGACUUCUCUCACCCAUGACGUCCCUGAAGGUCCUAAAUUUGACGCAGAACUUUGUCUCGUCCAUCGAGGCGCCUACAGUCCUGUUCUUCCACAGUCUCUACCUACUGGACCUAUCCCACAAUCCCUUCUCCUGCACGUGUGAUCUUCUGGAUUUCGUGGAGUGGAUCAAGAACACGACCUCUGUUCGGAUACAGAAUCUCGUUCCCAGAACACCUUACAGCUGCUUUUCUCCCGAGGAACGCAGGAACCUACCUCUGCUUGACCUCGACCUUGACUGUGACCUCCACACAGCCUACUACAUGUGUAUUGUCACGUCCACGCUUGUCUUCUUAUAUACCAUUGCAGCCUUUCUCCUUGGAAAAUACCACCCGUAUCUACAGUACUGCUUCCUCUACCUGCGUGGAAAAGCUCGCGGCUACAAGGCCAUACCGAGGAGAAACCAACACAUCCUUUACGACGCCUUUGUGUCGUAUAACUGUGAAAGCUUGCGCUGGGUCCAAAACCACCUCAUCCCCAACCUAGAGGAACGGCGGCCGCACUACAGACUGUGCAUUGCUGACCGCGACUUUAUAGGGGGGAGAGACAUCGUAGACAACAUCACCGACGGGAUCCUGCAGAGCAGGAAAACGGUCUGUCUGCUGACCAGGAGGUUCAUUCGCAGCGGGUGGUGCACGUUGGAGUUCAAGAUAGCCCGGCACAGGCUCUUCGAUGAGGGGAAGGAUGUCCUGAUCCUAGUUCUGCUGGAGAACAUCCCAGUGACUCAACUGUCUCGCUACCAUCUCCUGCAGAAACUCAUGUCCAAGAAAACCUACCUGGUCUGGCCGCAGGACACACCGGGAAGGGUCCUGUUCUGGGAGAGGCUAAGACAGGCCCUCGGGUCAAGGAAUGAACUACCUCAAGGUUCAAGUUCAUCUGAAAUCAAUGCAGAAGACAGGAUGAGGAAGGGAAGGCCACAGACGACACUGCUGCUCCUGGCUGCGUUCUUACACAUCUCUGUGCACGGGUGCCCUACGAACUGUACAUGCCGGCCAGACGAUCGGGUGGACUGCCAACACGGACACCUGACAAACAUUCCCACAGACAUCCCAAGGGGAACCGCACAUUUGCAACUUCAGUACAACAGAAUACACUCCCUUGGCCCGGAUGCCUUCCAGUUCUCCAUCUUCAGAAGACUUAGGACAUUAGAGCUGAGCCACAACGAACUUGUUUCGAUUCAUCCUGACGCAUUUAGGCAGCAAGACAGCGCUCUGGAACUCCUAGACCUAAGCAACAACAACCUUUCCUCGCUCCUCCCCUACACCUUCGACAUGCUGUACCAGCUCAAACACCUCCAUCUACAGGGCAACAACCUCCCCAUCAUCGACCAAAACACGUUCAACGGUCUCCGGUCGCUGCAGGUACUGAAUCUUCAGGAUAACGACAUAUCUAUGGUAGCACCGAACUUGUUUCAGCAUCUUCCCACCCUUGUUGACCUGUCUCUACGGAGUAACCAGCUCGGGUAUCUGCACGACCGGACAUUUGAAGGUCUCUCCAGCCUGCGAACGCUAGACUUGAGUAGAAACAGGAUUAUCGGUUUGGAGAACGAUGUGUUCUUUGGACUGGAUAAUCUGAACAAUUUGCGUUUGGAUUUCAACAGACUGACCAUGAUUCCUGACCUCCCCGAGACUUGGUUUCCAAGGAACUGUCUCAAAAGGCUAAACCUGAGCCACAACCCGAUAGAAACCAUCACAGACCACGCGCUAGGCCUAGCUAUUGAGCUGGAAGAGCUGUACGUUCACGACCUACCCGAGUUGUCGACUGUAGAAAACUUUGCGUUCCGUGGCCUACCGAAGCUGCAGCAGUUACACAUGUGCAACAACCCCGGCCUGCAGACGCUGCCCGAACACGUGUUUUUUGGGUUAACACGGAUACGACACAUCAACGUGCGCAACAACUCCUUCAACGCCAUAGGCUCCAUCGUCCCCAAAAGCUUGGAGUUACACGAGGUGGACAUGUCUGACAAUCCGUGGGACUGUUCCUGUGAAAACGAUGAUUUCCGCGAAUGGCUCAAGCGGUUCGACAGCCACGGUGACAUACUGAAUGACGACAGGUUGCUGUGCAGGUACCCUGCUGAGCUGGAGGGGGAGGAACUGCUGUCCAUCCCAGAGGACUACUGUAACGAUGGCCAUGACAGCGAAGAGGAAAAAGACGGCGAGCGGGAGGAGGAGGAAUAUCGUGAAGAGGGUUCCGAAGAGGACGGACCGUCCAGGGGUAACCCAGAACCGGAACCUGAACCAGAUGAGCCUGAAGUUCCGUGUUCUCACGACGCGUGCCUGAUGCAGGGGCAAUGUAGCAUGCGUGGAGACCUGGCGUACUGCAGGUGCCCCCGCCCUUACCGGGGAAGCUACUGCGAGAAGUAUGGAGAGAAGGGGAAGCUUAAAGACAUUUCUGCCGAAUCUAAAACCGAAACAACCAUCGACGUCUCGUGGACGGUGAAACAGAAUGACAACAACACGACUUUUCUGGUGUACUGGAGCGUGAACGGACCGAUGCAGUACAAAGUAACUGGGGAUCUUCAUCACUCCACAAACAGAUACAGGAUAACAGGUCUGGACCCUGGCUCCUUCCACCGAGUCUGCAUCUAUUCCAACAGGUACAACUUUGAGAUCUCCCACAAAUGCAAGGACCUGGGCACACUGGGGUAUUCUGGUGAGAACCCAUGGCAGGGCGACGACAGCUCCAUGUUUCCACCACCACCACCAAGAGAUCCGUUCAAAAUAGUUAACAUCGGCAAAGCUAUAGGCAUAGGAGGAGGGGUGGUUAUCCUAAUAGGCAUCAUGAUAGGGGUGGCGUGUCGAAUAAGGUACCUUCGCAGGACUGCAAACACGGAACCAGAGGCGCCUCCAGAGUACAACGGGACUCAGUCACGCGAGCCACAGUUUCAACUUCAGGAUCUCCCCCCGCCGUACCACGAGGUGGUGAACCAGGGAUUUGCUAAUCCCGCUGUUAAUCCAGGAUCUGUUAAUCCAGGAUUUGUUCAUCCUGACCAUCAGCAGAGGGAUAACACUAACAGGUCGAGUAACAACAUGUUAAAUAGCGCCCCUUCCCUACCGACCAUUUCAGAGGAGAACGAAGGGGGACCAGACAUGGAGCAACACAGAAAGUAGUUUCUACCUUGGACAUUGCAGAAAACAUACUUAGUUUGAAAGUUUGUCUGUGUUUGGUAGAAAUCAUUUUGAAGUCACUGUAAUUUCUGACCCAAAUUUUUGACUGUCCAAUUCUGGCCUUUGCCAAAACAAUACCUGACUUCUGCGAUGU